CUCAGUUGGUAAUCUGUCAGCCUGGAGCUAAAUGCACACACACUGCUGGGCUCUACACUCUUCCGGAUUACUCUCCUUUGAUGGCUGAAGAAGACCCUCUGAUGUGACUUGGCGCUUGUGAUCGAGGACAGACACGCUGCCCAUGCUGCCACAGUAGAUAUGCUGUCACUAUGCUACUGAGAGAAGAAUGACAUUUGUCUCAUUUUAAUUCCUGGAGCCGCCUCAGGCAGAGUUGAGGCUUGAUUAAAAAGCUGCUGCUCUAAGCCAAGUUGGUCUUUUUCUCAGCCUAUUUCUUUGCACUGUUGCAGCCUAGAGUGCAAACUGUUAUGGCACCGGAGGCCAACUGAGCAAAAGGGGACUCUGGUUGUACUGGAGGAUUAGGCUGUGCUGUGGGAGUGGGGACUGGACCAGGGGAGCAGGCUCACAGCGACACACAUCAUGCUGCGGGGACACUAGGCUCCCUGUUUGAGCCCCUUGUGUGUGGCGUUUGUUUUUUUCUUUUCCUGCAGUCUCAUCGGUUUGGAUGGUUGAGCACAAGGGCUACUUUGAAGGAGCCCACCGGUGGCUGUGGUUUGGCCAAAGCUGACAGACUGCUUGCCAGCUAUUGCUGAUUUAGUCCCCUUGUCCACUGCUGUAGCCCCCUUCGCUGUGGUCACCAGUAUGGUGAGUGGAGGCUGGAGGCAUCGCAGGAGUGGAACUGAACCAUUAACACUGGUGUAGCUGGUUACUUUCCAUCAGUUUUUUCUGCACUGUGAAGGAUUGCAUUCUGCUUUUCAAGGACUUUUUUUUCCUCUGUCCUGGAAAAAAAAUCAGUCAAGGUCAUUUUUUGAAUUGAAACCCCGGAAAGAGGACCGCUCCACAGGAGGAUGAAGUUGAGGAAACAGGUGACAGUGUGUGGAGGGGCCAUAUUCUGUGUGGCUGUGUUCUCGCUGUAUCUAAUGUUGGAUCGAGUCCAACAUGAUCCUGCAAGGCGACAGAAUGGCGGGAACUUUCCACGGAGCCAAAUCUCAGUUCUCCAGAACCGGAUAGAGCAGCUGGAGCAGCUCCUGGAGGAAAACCACCAAAUCAUCAGCCACAUAAAGGACUCUGUGAUGGAGCUCACAGACACAGGAGCUGUGUCUCCCAGCGGCCACCUGCCAUUUAGAAGUGCCAAUGGUUCCUGGGUCCUACCCUUUGAUGGCCGUCCCACUUUUCUCGCCGUCAAGCCCCAAGAUUGCCAACCCGCUUUAGGCAGCCAUGGUCAAGCAGAUGUUCAGAUGCUGGAUGUGUACUCCAUCCUCAAGUUUGACAACCCUGAUGGCGGCGUGUGGAAGCAGGGCUUUGACAUUACUUAUGAAGCUGAUGAGUGGGACAAUGAACCGCUGCAAGUGUUUGUGGUCCCCCACUCCCACAAUGAUCCAGGUUGGAUCAAGACUUUUGACAAGUACUUCACAGACCAGACGCAACAUAUUUUAAACAACAUGGUGGUGAAGCUGGCUGAGGAUCCUCGCAGGAAGUUCAUCUGGUCCGAGAUUUCAUUCUUCUCCAAGUGGUGGGAGAACGCAGACGUACAAAAGCAGGAGGCGAUGCGGAAAUUGAUCCUUGGAGGGCAGCUAGAGAUUGUCACAGGAGGCUGGGUUAUGACUGAUGAAGCCAACGUUCACUACUUUGCCAUGAUAGAUCAGCUGAUCGAAGGGCAUCAGUGGCUGGAGAGAAAUCUAGGUAUAACUCCUCGCAGCGGGUGGGCGGUAGACCCUUUCGGUCACAGUGCUACCAUGCCCUAUCUGCUAAAGAGGGCCAACCUGACCAGCAUGCUCAUCCAGAGGGUCCACUACUCAAUCAAAAAACACUUUGCCUCCACCCGCAGCCUGGAGUUUAUGUGGAGGCAAGCCUGGGACACUGGAACGAACACAGACAUGUUUUGCCACAUGAUGCCGUUCUACAGCUACGACGUGCCUCACACCUGCGGGCCCGACCCGAAGAUCUGCUGCCAGUUUGACUUCAAGAGGUUACCAGGUGGUCGGAUAAACUGUCCCUGGAAAGUGCCACCAAAGACUAUAGUUGAGGCCAAUGUAGCAGAGAGGGCACAACUGCUCCUGGAUCAGUACCGCAAAAAGUCCAAGCUCUACCGCAGCAAGGUGCUUCUCGUCCCUUUGGGAGAUGAUUUCCGCUACGACAAGGCGCUGGAGUGGGAUCAGCAGUACAUCAACUACCAGAAGCUGUUUGACUACAUGAAUUCUCACCCAGAGAUGCACGUACAAGCUCAGUUUGGGACUCUCUCAGACUACUUCAAUGCUGUGUACAAAGCAAAUGGAGUGGCCCCGGGAUCCAGACCUGCAGACUUUCCUGUGCUUAGUGGAGAUUUCUUUGCCUAUGCAGACCGAGAGGACCACUACUGGACUGGCUAUUUUACAUCUCGGCCCUUUUACAAGAGCCUGGACCGGGUGAUAGAGUCACACCUCAGGGGGGCAGAGAUCCUCUACAGCCUGGCGGUCGCUAACGCUCGGCAUGCGGGCAUGGAGGGGCGCUACCCGGUCACGGAUUAUGCCCUGCUAGUCGAUGCGAGGCGCUCUGUUGGCCUCUUUCAACAUCACGAUGCCAUCACCGGCACUGCGAAAGAGAAUGUUGUCACAGACUACGGCACCAGAUUACUGCGUUCACUCAUCGGCCUGAAGAGAGUAAUCAUCAAUGCUGCUCAUUUCCUGGUGAUGAAAAACAAAGAGUUUUAUCGCUUUUACCAGACGGAGCCCUUCCUGGAGACGGAUGACAGGCGAGCUACCCAGGACUCUCUGCCUCAGCGCACUUUAAUCGAGCUGGACCCAGCAGGGCCGAGGUACCUGGUUCUGUUUAACCCCAUCGAGCAGGAACGUUUGUGUGUGGUGACUGUGUUGGUCAACACAGUAAAAGUGCGGGUGCUCACUGAGGAUGGACAGACACUCCCUGUGCAGCUGAGUGCUCAGUGGAGCUCUGCUAGUCAAAUGAGUGCAGAGGUAUUUGAGGCAACAUUCAUGGUCCGUCUGCCGCCGCUGGGCCUGGCUGUGUUCCAUCUUUACGACUCUCCCGACUCGCCCAUGACGCUCCGCUCUGACACCCUGCUCAGGCUUUCUGGUCGGGGCGUCACCGCUCGAGCCGCUGACCCGCUUCCUGUCCGCUCCCAGCAGUCCGACCCUCAAACCUUCUACAUCAGCAGCCAGUCUCUCACGCUGGGCUUCUCGGGGACCACCGGCCUGCUGGAGAGCAUCAAGCGCAAGGAUGAUCCUCAGGAAGUGAAGGUUCAGAUGCAGUUCAUGGUCUACGGCACCCGUCCCUCUAAAGACAAAAGUGGAGCUUACCUCUUUCUGCCUGAUGGAAAAGCAAAGCCAUACAACCAGAAAGAGCCACCUGUGGUGCGCGUGGUGGAGGGGCCUCUGUUCUCGGAGGUGGUGGCACACUACCAGCAUUUUCAGCAGACCAUUCGCAUACACAAUGUGCCAGGGGUGGACGGGUUGUCUAUAGACAUCACAACCAUGGUGGACAUCAGAGAUCAGACCAAUAAGGAGCUGGCGAUGCGACUGGUCACUGACAUCCAGAGUGGAGACGCCUUCUACACAGAUCUCAAUGGUUUUCAGAUGCAGCCUCGUCGCCGCUACCUAAAGCUUCCCCUGCAGGCCAACUUUUACCCCAUGCCCAGCCAGGCGUACAUCCAGGACAGCCAUCACCGCCUCACACUGCACACAGCUCAGUCCCUGGGUGUCACCAGCCUGGAGAGCGCUGCCAUCCUUGCUCCUCCUCCUUCUCCCUCAGGCCAGCUUGAAGUGAUUAUGGACCGGCGGCUGAUGCAGGAUGAUAACCGUGGGCUGGGUCAGGGCCUGAAGGACAACAAGAAGACGGCCAACCGCUUCCGACUGCUGCUGGAGAGGCGGUCCACGGGCAAUAAGAUGAUGGACAGUGCAACAACCAGUUUCCCGUCUAUACUUAGUCACACGACCAACUCCUUCUUGAACCACGAGGUGUUGGCGCUGCCCGUCCUGCCCAAAAGACGCGGCAUCCCUCCUCUGCAAACCUUCGCCCCUCUCAAGUCCCUCCUGCCCUGCGACUUCCACCUGCUGAACCUGCGCAGCAUCCAGGCCCAGCAGGACGCCAGCACUCCAUCUCCGUACACGGCCAUGAUUCUUCACCGUUUGGCGCUGGACUGUGGCCUCGAGGCUCAGAACCUGGGCUUCAACUGCACCACCACACAAGGACAGCUGAGCGUAUCGGGGCUGUUUAAGAACCUGGACCUGCAGCUGCUGCAGCCCAUGUCCCUGACCCUGAUGCACUCCAGCACGCCCCUGGCCAACGACUCCACCAUCAGCCUGGAUCCCAUGGAGAUCUCCGCCUUCAAGCUCAAACUGCGCUAAGAGCCGUCCGGACAAAAAGAGGCAA